AUGACUACACCAGAAAAUAAACAGUCUCUUUUAAAGAAUUACGCCGGUGCGGGGAUCGAUAAGAAGUUUUUGACGCCUUGCAGAAGAGUAGGGCUGUCCAAAACAAGGAGAACUCCUAAAAAUAAUAUCCUUCAGUCAAGUCCGGUGUUAAACGCAAACUCUGUAAUAAAUAACGAAAUUGCUGUAGAGAAAAGUUGUGCUAAUAAUAUAAUAUCACCAUUGAAUGAAGCUAAACCGUUAGAUGUAAAUCAAGUUGGUGUUAAUGUUUUAAAACAAUUUGCAAGUUGUAUUAAUCAAGUAAAAAAUACUAAUGUUGGAGCUAGUAAUAAAACUUCGACUCCUUAUAGACUGGGAUUAUCUAGGUCAAGAAAACCAAAUCAGAAUAAAAAUCUAGUUCCCCUUACUCCUGAAAAUAAAGGUGAAAACUUACAAGUUAACAAGUUACCGGAAUUAAAUACAUCAGUGGUUGAAAAUAAGACUUGCAAAGUUGAUUUGAUACCUUGUAAAAAAUCAAAUUCUUCAGAUAAACCUAAAAAUGAUAAGGUUCAUAGAAGUUCAGUCAAAAAUAGUAAAAAUUCAAUUAAUCAUGAAGAUAGCAAGAUUAAAGAAGAGUUUGUAGAGAAAAAAAUAUUGCUAGAAGUAUGUCAUUAUGCGUCCACUAAAGAAAACGAAAUUGUAAAAGAAGUAUCUAAAGAAAGUAAGAAAAAUACAAGUUCUAGUCAGAUGCAAGAUAAAAGUGGUUGCAAACAAGAUUCGGAUAGUAAUGUUGAAUAUAAAAGGUCUAGAAUAAAUUCAGAUUCACAUAGAACCAGUAAAAAUAGAAAAAGGAAACUACAGUUUGAUACCAGUGACUCUGAUGAAGAUUUUGAAGAUGUUAAAAGUAAUAGGAUAGUCAGAAAAUUGAAAUCUAGCAAUAAAUCAAAGGAAAACAUAAAAAAUAAUGUUCAAGAAAGGAAUUUAGAAAAAUCUACUACUGUUUUAGAGAAUCUUGACAAAAACUUUGACUCUGGUGAUGAUGUAGAACAAGUUAAAGGUAGGAAGACAGUCAUGAAAUUGAAAUCUAGUGAAGAAUUAAUAGAAAAUAUCAAAAAUAAUGUUGAAGAAAAAAAAGGAAAGAAAUCUGCCAUUGUUUUAGGGACUUCUAAAAGUAAUUUAGACAGUUUAGAAGUAAAUAAGAAUGUAGAUUUAAAUCAAAAAACAAAUACCAAUGAUAGCAUUAGUCAGAUACAAGAUAAAAAUGUUUGCAGACAGUAUCCCGAUAGUAAUGUUGAAAAUAACAGGUCUAAAAUAAAUUCAGAUACACAUAAAACCACUAAUAAUAGAAAAAGGAGACUACAGUUUGAUACCAGCGACUCUGAAGAAGAUUUUGAAGAAGUUAAAAGUAACAGGACAGACAGAAAAUUGAAAUCUAGUGAUAAAUCAAUGGCAAAUCUAAAAAAUAACGCUCAAGUAAAGAAUUUAAAGAAAUCUACUACUGUUUGUAAUGUAGAACCAGAUAAAUAUAAUAAAGUAGUCAUGAAAUUGGAAUCUAGUGAAGAAUCAAUAGAGAAUACCGGUAAUAAUGUCCAAGAAAAGGAAUUAGAGACUUCCAAAUGUAAUUUAGAGAGUUCUGGAGUAAGUAAGGAUAUAAACUUACCUCAAAAAACAAAUACUGAUAAUAGCAGCACACAAAAUAAAAAAAAUCCAAAAAAGGACUGUUUUAUAAUAAGUUCUGAUAGUGAACCUGAAGAUAGCACACCGAUAGAAGUAAAGGCUGAUGUUCAUAGAUCUUCUGAAGAAGUUAUUCACUGUAAACACCCAUCGGAACCUAUAACUCAUACAAGGAAUCCUAUAACUUUUAUAACAGGUUCUUUAGACCAUAGCGCUAGUGCUUCUAGUAACAGUAGUGUUAGGUUAGGUAAAUUUACUACUGAAGACUAUUUAAAAGAGUUUUCGAGAAACCCUCAAGCUUUCUAUGAGAACGAGGGUAUUGAUUUAGAUGAUUUUGAUUUAAGUAGUUUAGUUAAGGUAAACAAUGAUGUUUCUGAGCAUAGCCCUAAAAAGUUGUCGGAGAAUCUAAAAAUAUCUAAUAAAUCUCUAUCAAAACAGUCGAUAAAAGUAUCAAAUGACAAUAAAAUGAAAGAAGUAUCAAUUAAUUUAGAAAGAAUGCCAAAUAAUAAGUCUAAUUCAGAUAAACAAUCUAGUAGACAAAGAAUACUUAGCCGUAUAUGUCAAGAAGAUGACGAUGAUGACUUUACAUGUUCACCUAGAAUGGAACAGCAACAAAAAGAAGACUUAUUGAAACUUAUAAUGAUAAAAGAAAAAGAAAUUCGUGAUAAAGAAGCACUGUUAGCUUCGAUGAAACAGACUCAGGUGUACAAGAAAAAGCAUAACGCCGAAAAAAUUAAAAUUGAUUCAAACGUAUGGUUGAAUGGUUGUCAAAGUGCCUUAAAAGACUUGUUAUGUAGGCUGCGGGAACACGGGCCCAUGGAAAUGGAGUUGUUGGUUAAAAAUUUGAUGAUACCUCCUCAUAUUGUUGAUAAGUUAAGUUUAGUUGAAUAA